UGGCACUCUUAUCUGGCAAGAGCACACAACAAAACACGAGGUAAAGAGAACCAAACCUUCAUCAGUAGUUCAGUACUACACACCAAACAUACUCUCAUUUAGUAGGGAGAUGGCCGGAGGAGACGAACUGAAGCUGCUCGGCUCAUGGGCAAGCCCAUUCGUCACCAGGGCGAAGCUCGCCCUCGCCCUCAAGGGCCUGAGCUACGAGGACGUCGAGGAGGACCUCCAGAACAAGAGCGAGCUCCUCCUCAGCUCCAACCCGGUGCACAAGAAGGUGCCCGUGCUCAUCCACAACGGCGUGCCGGUCUGCGAGUCCAUGCUCAUCGUGCAGUACAUCGACGAGGCGUUCGCCGGCACCGGCCCGUCGGUCCUCCCCGCCGACCCCUACGAACGCGCCAUCGCUCGUUUCUGGGCGGCCUACGUCGAUGACAAGCUGGUGGCCUCGUGGGUGAAGUCGUCCAAGAGCAACACGGAGGAGGACAAGGCAGAGGCGAUGAAGCAGACGUUCGUUGCUGUGGAGGCUCUCGAGGGAGCCCUGAGGGAGUGCUCCAAGGGGGAGGGCGGCUUCUUCGGCGGCGACAGCGUCGGGCUCGUGGACAUUUCGCUGGGGAGCCUGCUCUCGUGGCUGCGCGCGACCGAGCAGAUGUCGGGCACAAAGAUCUUUGAUCCUGCCAAGACCCCCCUGCUUGCGGCGUGGAUGGAGCGCUUCGGCGAGCUUGAGGCCGCCAAGGCGGUCCUGCAGGACGUUGACAGGGUGGUCGAGUACGCCAUGAAGAAGGCACAUGCUGCUGCUGCUGCUGCAGCUGCAGAUAACCAGAACUAGUAAAGUCGUCGGGAACUCGGGAUGGACAUGUGAAAGUCCCGAGUCAAUCGGGGAAAAAAAAUACUCCCUCCGUUCAUAUCAAAUUCGCUAAAAAAUGAUGUAUCUAUUUUUAAAAAGUGUUUAGAUGCAUGUAAGAUUUCGACAAGAAUUACAAAACGGAGGUAGUACAUGUUUGUUUCAAAAUAAAGAUAUUUGUUAUCAUAUACACUGCUCAUAUCAGUUGCGCUGUUUUAGUACACCGUUGUACCAAAUCAUCGACAAUUAAUAUGGAUUGGCGAAAAUACUAUA